UGAAUAGACUUUAGACAUCACAUUACCACUCACAAAAACGAGCAAAAAUCGCAUCUCUAUUCUUUUCUAUUCAAUCAACACUCUAUCUCUUGCUUCAUUCUCAAACUCAUCAAACCUUUCUUGUCUUCAACAACUAUAUGCGAUCCCCUUCUUCUAACAUUCCUUUACCCAUCUUUUCUUAUCGCCUUUUUUCAUUAUUCUCUCACUAAAGUUCUUUCCUUUUUUCAUCUAGAAAUAUUCUGAAGGAAGAUUACUUCACCUACAGAAUUAGAUACACUGAAUAUAGAAUUCCCUUGGGAGUAGUAUAUUUAUACUUAGGUGUCUGCAAAGAUGGGGGAUCACUUUGAUUUGCUGGUUGAUCGAUUGCUCACUGAAUCAACGUUAGAAGCAGCGAUUGAAAGCAGAAAGCGUGCAAUGCAGGCUGCUUCCUCCGCCGUUAAUAAUGCACAAGUUGAUUUCUCUUUGUUGAAGAUGGGUGUGGAUGGUAUCAAAUUUGCAGGGAAGCUUGUAGAAUGCAGGAUAUGUCAUGAUGAUGAUGAAGAUUCUAAUAUGGAGACACCUUGCUCUUGUUGUGGUAGUUUGAAGUACGCACAUCGAAGGUGUAUACAACGGUGGUGCAAUGAGAAGGGUGACACCACCUGUGAGAUAUGCCACCAGCCAUUCAAGCCUGGUUAUACAGCUCCUCCUCCGCUAUUUCAGUUUGGGCGUAUUCCAAUGAGUUUCAGGGGAAAUUGGGAAAUUUCGCGAAGAGACUUAAAUAGCACUCAUUUGGUUAGCAUGGUUCCCACUGACCAGAACCUUGUCAAUUCUAACUAUGAUCAAUAUUCAGCCUCUUCUUCUGGAAGCUUGAUGUGCUGCCGUUCAGUUGCUGUCAUUUUCAUGGUUCUGUUGAUUUUAAGACAUACACUUCCCCUUGUAAUUAGUGGAAAUAAGGAGUACUCUUUCCCGCUUUUCAUGGUAUUAUUAUUUCGGAGUGCUGGAAUCGUCGUACCUAUAUACUUCAUGGUUAGAGCAGUGGCACUAAUCCAGCGACAUCGGAGACAACAUCGAGAGCAUCCUAGUGUCUUAGUCAGUUCAUCUGAUGAUGAAAUCGAGCAAGCAGCUUUGCCGCCUCAGCCACAUAUCAUACAUUUACUGUAAAAAUUAUGUAGCUACUUUAAGUAAAUGAUGUAUGAAAAGCUCCAAUUCAAGCUGCUGUGCUGCAAUUUGUCUUCUGAUAUUUAUGAUGGAAAUUGGUGGAGACAAUUCAUGGAGAACCUUGAUUUUGCUGAGUGAGGAAAAAACUGGUCACGAGAUACUGAAAUUCUUCUUAUGUGCAACUGGUGUCAUUGCUCAUAGAGGGAUUGCAGGGUACUUAUAUUUCUAAGUUCCUGAAAUAGUUACUCCUCGGUGGACGGCAAGUCUUGGCAGCAGCUAGUUAUUUUGUAUUAUUGUUUCGGCUAAUGGGUUGAAAUUCUUCAGAUUCAAAACAAUAUCUUCAAUGUAUAGAUAGAAAAUUAUACAGGGUUUUUCUGAUGUAUGCAACCUUAUAUACGAUAAAGAUCAUUAUACACGGGUAGAUAUCAAAGAUGGAUGAACGAAUUUAUUUGAUGUUGCAAUGAAAAAGUUUCGUGUUAUCAUUUCUUUUAGUACUAUUUGUAUGACCAACCUAUUGAUUGAUUAAUGAAAGAGACAUAGAAAAUUAGAAAAUAA